AAGGCAAAUUCAGAGAGAGAAAGCAAAGAGUUAGAGAGAGAAUGUGCAGUGGACAGGGGGCCUAGAAAGGCGGAGGGUGGAAGGCAAGUUUUCCCCGUGAUUUCAAGAGUUUUAGAUUUUGGCCUUUUGCGCAUUGGCCUUUUAUAUAAACCCCAUUAAACCCAUUUUUUCAGACCCCCUCGCCCUUCUCUUUUAUGUGUGAAAUCUCCUGGUUUCUGCACUUUCAUGGAAGGAGUUCUCUUCCCCAUGGCCGCUCCUCUCUGGUCCUACCAGGAAAAGAGUGUUGAAGAACUGAGGCAAAUCCUAUUUUGCAAAAUCCGAGAACUUGAAUUGACUCGAAUCAAGGCAAACGAACAUAUCCGGAGAAAUGAAGAACAGAUAAGACAACUGGUUGAGCUACUCAAAAAGACCUGCAAAGAAAGGGAUGAAGCGAGAGAUCAGUUGCAGAGUGUCCUCAACAAUAUGUACAUCAACCCACCAACUGAGCUUUGCCCUAACCUCUCUAAUCUCCAACCUAACACCCCACCACCCCCAAUUCCCACAAGUGGUGGAGCCUCCACAAUUACAGAGUCAGAUAGCUUAUCUGGAACUCACAAAUCUCAAGCAUAUGUCUCAUCCCCUGUUGAAUCCCUAUUCACAACUGUUUCUUCUAUGCCAGACAUUCCAAGUAUGAACUUUGCUGAUUCUGAUGACUUAGAUUUGAUAAACCAGCUACCUAUCGAAGAAUUUAACAGUUAUCCCACAUGGGUUUCUUCAGAUGUGUCUGAAAUCAGAUCCAAUUUAGAGAAUGACACGUUUGAGAAUGCAGGAACAGUGGGUUCGAGUUCUCAUCGAGUUCUGAUAAAAUCACUGCCUGAGAGGGGUAAGUUUCUACAAGCUGUAAUGGAGGCUGGUCCCCUGCUUCAAACCCUUCUUGUUGCAGGGCCACUUCCUCGAUGGCGCAAUCCUCCACCUCUCGAGAGGCUUGAUAUCCCACCUGUUGGAAAUAGGUCAUCUGGUUCUGCAAAUUUUGAUAAGAAACCGGUUCUUGGCCUCAAAAAUCAUCAAGUUCAGUGCCCUCCUCAGAGCUUAUCUUGCAAUGAGAAUUCUUUUGGUUUCAUAAACACGGGUUUGGUUGGUUCAAAUUUGAAAAAGAGGUCGGCACCAUAUUCUGUUCAAGGCCAAAGCCCAGUAGGAAAAUAUUGCAAAUUUUACUAAAUAUCAUGCUCUGUUAUUUUAAUUUGCUUUGUCAUUUUGUUUUAGGAGAGUUUGCUUUCUCAUUUUGUUUUUGGAGAGGGCCAGGUCAUGUUUAUAAACUGUGUAAAGAUGAGAUGUACAUCCUGAUGUAAAGAGAUUUUCUUUUCAUUUCAUUAUGGUAUAUGCUUUUGAGAA